AUGGUCAAUUUAGCUGCCAUUAUUUAUAUUCUUAUUUUUACAAAUUCAGUUUUUGCAAAUUUAAAAAUUAAAUAUAAUCGACAUUUAAAACACGACCAUAUUAUUAAUAGUGCGAUCGAAAUAGCGAAUAGUUAUUUCAAUUCUAGAACACCAACUGUGGUUGUUUCUAAGGACGUCGAAGAUGAUAUUGUCAACAAAUUUAUUCAGUCAUACCAGGGCAUCAUUAUUUUAGACCAUACGAUAAGAGCACCUAAGCAAGUAGUCAUCUUAAUAGAAUCUUAUUACUCUUUAAUAAGAAGUCUUGGAAAGUUAAAGCCAGAUCUAAAAGGCAAAACUUUGCUUCACAGCGAAGCACGUUUUUUAAUAGUAGUCUUCUCGUACCCACACAGGCUUCAACGAAUAAAUAGUAUUUUAUGGAGCUAUUAUACGACAAAUGUGGUAAUCAUUGUUGUUAAUGAAGAUAAGAAAAUUGCUUUAUAUACUUACUUUCCAUAUAAAAACCAUUUGGAUUGUCAAAGUGUGGAACCUACCCUCAUCGGUUUUUGGGAUGACGGCGCGAUACUUGAAAAAGAUUUAUUUCCAGAUAAAAUGAGUAAUUUGAAAGGUUGCCCUCUUUAUAUAUCAACAAAUAAAGUGUAUCACCCAGCUACAGAACAAAAGAUUCCUUUGGAAAUAAUUAAAAGGGCAAUCAUAAGAUAUCUUAGGGAUGUAAUGAAUUUUACGCCUAUAAUAUCGAGUAGAGAUUAUUUAAGCAUUGACUCGGAUGGAGCUAAGAAUUGGUCCGAAACUCUAGAUGAUAUAUUGACAGGUACUGCAAAUAUUUCAACCUGCAGUAUUUCCCCAGGAAUGGAUAGAAUUGGUAUUCUAGACUAUUCGAUACCCUAUUUCAGAAUAAGUAUAGCGUGGCUUGGCCCACCUCUAAAACCUGGUCCGAUAUGGUGGCGACUUCUAACACCUUUAAAUGGCUACUUGUGGCUAAUCCUUUUACUUGUCGUUACUAUUGUUAAUUUUAUACCGUUCACAAUGAAAAUAGACAGGGUAAGAAAAUUUUGUCAUAAAAAUUUUAAAAAUUCAAAUAAAUUGCAUGGUAUUGCUAUAAGGAUUUGGGCUGUAAUGAUGGGCCAACCCAUUAGAGUCUCACCGAAACGAUUUAGAGAUUUCUAUAUUUUAGGCCUUUGGAUAUGGUUUACGUUCGUAGUCAGAAGUGCUUAUCAAAGUGUGCUGAUUAGUGCCUUGAAAUCAGACACCACGGUAGGCAAUUUUUUUGAUCUAAAAGAAGCUGUCGACAACGGAUAUAAAUUUGGAGGAAGAGCGGGAGUUUUGUCACAUUUUGAACAUGAUCCUUUUAUUCGUGAUGGUUACGAAGUAAUACAAGAGGUCGGGUUUGAAAAAGCUUUUCAAGAAGUAUUAGAAGGCAAGAAAAAAUUUUUCUUCGCCAUUUCUCUGGAAUAUGUAUGGGCUUACUGCAUGUCCCAAGGGAUAAAUGAGAAUGAAUGUGGCCACACACUUCCAGACUCUAUCAUGACGGUUCCGUUAGUAAUAUGGAUGCCUAAAAACUCUCCCUUUAAAAAUCCGUUAUCUAUUUGGCUCAUACGAUUCUUAGAAAGUGGCUUAUUGGAGAAAGAUACAAUGAAAAUGUCAACUGCAUCCAUUCUGAAAUCAACUGAACCGACCGCGCUCAGAAAUAAACAAGUCUUUAGUAGUAUUCUAUGCCUUUUAAUAGGUUAUCUUAUUUCUUUCGUAGUGUUAAUAUUAGAAAUAAUAAGAUUUAAAACUAAAAAUACUUAUAUCAGAAAAAUAUAUAGAAAUAAAAUAAAAUUUUCAGGA